GCAUUUAAUAACUAUUCUCUUUCCCCGCCCACUAAACAUGGUGGCUCCAACAGUGGAAGUAGUUGGAGCUGAUAUGCUACAAGAAGAUCGUGAUAUUUCUACUGAUGUUGGUCUUUUAUUGGCUGUCAUUUCAAAAGUCAAUUGGAGUGAACCAUUUCUAAUUGCUGUCAUUAUUUUUCACUUACUCUGUCUUGUGUGUAUAUUAGUAUGUAGGAGGAGGCCAUAUUUAUUAUCAGCUAUACUUCUAAUAUUAGGUUUGGUUUGUUUUGCUGGUGAAUAUAUCAAUGAAUGGGCAGCUGCUAAUUCUCACCAGUUUUUAUCUGAGCAGUAUUUUGAUUCAACUGGUGUAUUUAUAUCAUUAAUUCUAUCAAUACCUCUACUACUGGAGUGCUUUGUAAUACUGAUUUGUCUUUUUGUGGAAAGUUGCUCAAUAAUGCAGCAGAUAGCUGUUGCUAAGAUGAAAGGCAGUAAAGCAAAAAAUGACAAGAAACAAAAAUAGAUUUGACUCAUUUUUGCAUUAAUUUUAAGUGAAAGCAACAUCAUUUUAAAAAACUUCAGCAGAAUACUACCAGUUAAAAG